AUGGCAUCUACUAUUGGACUUUCUUCUCUCUUUUCCUCUCAACCACCUCCCCCAUCCCAACCCGUCACCCCUUCAAUACCGAUAAGACGGUUACGUACACGCUCCCUCUCCCCAUCUCCUUCUCCACUCCGAAACGCCACUCCCUCCUCUCCCUACGAAUACGGACAAGACCACACCGAAGUCAUCCCACCAAUCCCCCCAUCCACCAACCCACGCGGCGAACUCAUCUUUUCCUCCCGCGUACACCCAUCAUUCCGAGAGGGGUACGAACGGUACCGCGAGAGCUAUGAGCGCAAGCGGUCACAAGGUGCACCCCGCACAAACGGUGCUGCCACCUCAGACAAUGUUGCCAAAAGGAUGCUAUAUAGGAUUCGCCACCCGUUCGGUGGAGGUGUGACGCCGCCGUCCGUCUAUGAUACACCCCGCGCCAUGACGCCCGUUCUCACACCUGGUGGUGUUGAUACGCCGACUGCAGAGGGUGCUGCGUUUGGUGGGCUGGGUGGGUCGCCGGGGUCUAUGAGGGGUAGAACAAACUCGAACACGCCCACUGGGUCGCGACGGUCUAGUCCCGCUCCACCUGGUUCUCUCGGCAAAAAAGGAAGCAAGCGACGUCCGGGGGGUAAACUCAGUAGACAGAGUACGCCGUUGUUGGAGAUUGUAGAAGUGUUGGGGGCAAGUGGGGGUCCUGGGAUGAACGCUACCAGCGAGACAGGUUUCGCUAGUACCAGUGGAGCAACCCCUCUGACGAGAGUGCGCUCAUCGAAGUGCCGGGUUUGGGUCUCGACAGUGGGACGACUGGACGAC